GGUAAAAUUUACCGAAUACUGUAAAAUGAGCUAAGUGUGAAGGUUUGGGAGGAUGAGGUUCUGCCGCAGGAGUGGAUGGAAGGUGUCGUGUGUCCCAUCUACAAAAAGGGCGAUAAGCUGGAUUGUAGCAACUACCGCGCAAUCACAUUGCUGAACGUCGCCUACAAGGUACUCUCCCAAAUUUUAUGCCGUCGACUAACACCAAUUGCAAGAGAGUUCGUGGGGCAGUACCAGGCGGGAUUUAUGGGUGAACGCUCUACCACAGACCAGGUGUUCGUCAUACGUCAGGUAUUGCAGAAAUGCCGCGAAUACAACGUGCCCACACAUCAUCUAUUUAUCGACUUCAAAGCCGCAUAUGAUACAAUCGAUCGGGACCAGCUAUGGCAGCUAAUGCACGAAAACGGAUUUCCGGAUAAACUGAUGGGCCAAACACAAUUGAUACGUUUGCGUGCGUUUUGACAGUUUCUCCAUGGGAAAACUGUCAAAACACACACAAACGUAUCCAUUGUGUUUGGCCCAUGAUACGGUUGAUCAAGGCGACGAUGGAUCGGGUGAUGUGCGUAGUUCGAGUUUCAGGGGCAUUCUCUAGUCCCUUCGAAACCCGUAGAGGGUUACGGCAAGGUGAUGGUCUUUCGUGUCUGCUAUUCAACAUCGCUUUGGAGGGAGUAAUACGAAGGGCAGGGAUUGACAGGAGUGGUACGAUUUUCACGAAGUCCGUCCAGUUAUUUGGUUUCGCCGACGACAUUGAUAUCAUGGCACGUAACUUUGAGAGGAUGGAGGAAGCCUACAUCAGACUGAAAAGCGAAGCUAAACGGAUUGGACUAGUCAUCAACACGUCGAAGACGAAGUACAUAAUAGGAAGAGGCUCAAGAGAGGCCAAUGUGAGCCACCCACCACGAGUUUCUAUCGGUGGUGAUGAAAUCGAGGUGGUUGAAGAAUUCGUGUACUUGGGCUCACUGGUGACCGCCGAUAACGAUACCAGCAGAGAAAUUCGGAGACGCAUAGUGGCUGGAAAUCGUACGUACUUUGGACUCCGCAAGACGCUUCGAUCGAAUAGAGUUCGCCGCCGUACCAAGCUGACUAUCUACAAAACGCUUAUAAGACCAUUAGUUCUCUACGGACACGAGACCUGGACGAUGCUCGUGGAGGACCAACGCGCACUGGGAGUUUUCGAAAGGAAAGUGUUGCGUACCAUCUAUGGUGGGUUGCAGAUGGCGGACGGUACGUGGAGGAGGCGAAUGAACCACGAGUUGCAUCAGCUGUUGGGAGAACCAUCCAUCGUUCACACCGCGAAAAUCGGAAGACUGCGGUGGGCCGGGCACGUAGCCAGAAUGUCGGACAGUAAUCCGGUGAAAAUGGUUCUCGACAACGAUCCGACGGGAACAAGAAGGCGAGGUGCACAGCGGGCAAGGUGGAUCGAUCAGGUGGAGGACGACUUGCGGACCCUCCCUAGACUGCGUGGUUGGCGAAGUGCAGCCAUGAACCGAGCUGAAUGGAGAAGUCUUUUAUGUGCAGCACAGGCCACUCCGGCCUUGGUCUGAUGAUAAAUAAAUAAACAGUUAAUAACUGCAAGGUUUCUAAGCCAGGUUACCAUUUUUGCAUUCGUAUAUCAUGAGGCUAGCAC